GCAUUUAGAUCGCGUGCCAUAAGAGAGAUAGCAACUCUGUGUGCCGGCGUCCAUGACCAUCUGCCGAAAGAUAUGUCAUAUAUUCUCUCAGUGCGCGCAAGUUACAUCGUGUGACGCGGGCAUUCAAACUCCUUCAGAGACGCUACCACGAACUCCUUCCGAAUCAAGGUGCGGCAUGGACAAGCUAGUGGAGCUCGGAGAUCCCGACCGGCUGGUGGAAGAAGAGGACCUGAUCGUGCUGAAGCUGGACAAGCCCUCGACAUGUCCUCACCGUUUCCCCAAGCGGUGUCUGCUCGACGCUUCCUGCCAGCUGGUCACGCUCAACAAAGAGACCUUUGUGGCAAGCAGGGCCUUCCUCGGCAAGCAGCGGUUCCUGUCGGCCCUCUUCGCGGGCUGCGAGGCCUUCACGUCGUCCAACGCCUUCUCUUCGGCGGCUAGAGACAUUUUGAAGCACGCAAAGACCCUAACGAUCGUGCACAACCGCGACCUGGUCAUGGACCUGGUGACGCGGUUCCCAAGCGUGAGCGUGCUGGUGCUCUGGCAUGACCUGCGGCUGCAGUCGGAGCCCAACGAGCGCUUCUCGGAGAAGUCGUCCAGCCUGACCACCCUGGUGGGCUCCACGCCGGGCCUGGGGGUGGACCACCUCUUCAUCUGUCCCAUCACCAUCGCCAGCCUGCUCGCAAGCUGCCCCUGGCUGACUGAAGUCCACUCCCCGAUGAACGAGGCGGUCAUCAUGACAGAUGCGUCUGCCUUCUGCGGCUUCCCGGUCCCGGCCCCGAUGAUCUGCUCCAGCCCGCAGCUCAUCCUCGGCUGCCACUUGGAGCGCCUCGACGAGUCCACCUUCGUCGUCGAGGACGGCAGCGCGCGGUGCGUCGCACGCGCCGCCCGCACCUACCCCAACCUGCGCCACCUGUGGAUCAACACAACGUGCACGGACGCGCUCGCGAGCGUGACGGACUUCUCCAACCUCCGGCGGCUCUCCCUCAUGUUCGCGGCCGACGGUUCGCUCUGCCCGUUCGCGCCACACGCCGCCAGGCUCGUGCGGAAGUUCAAUCUCGAUGAACUCUCGUUGAAGAACUUCGACGACGUCCCGCUGUCAUACGUUGCAAAGUACUGCCGGAACCUGCGCGCCCUCUCCCUCAUCACGUGCAACGUGAGCGAAGAGGAGGCAUCCGCGGACUGGUUCCCCAAGUUGGAGUCGUUCCGCGUCGGGCGGUCCGUCUCGACGCCGACGUUCCGUGGCCUCCUGUCGGCGUGCCGGCACCUGAAGCGGUUAGAGCUCCGGUCAGACGGGGCGUGUGGGAUGUUUCUCGACCCGGGCGUUUCGACGACGACGUUUCCCGAGCUGGAGCGGCUUCACUUCGGGACCUACCUGACGCUGAAGGAGCUCGGAGCGAGCGUCGCGGACCUCCGGGCGCUGUCGCUCCGGCUGCCGGCACUCCGCCACCUGGCGACGGACAGUUACGACGUGCGGCUCUUCUUCGAGAACUAUGUUCCGCGGGUGAAACUGGCGUGGACCACGUGCGCCGUGUGCGCGGCUGAGUUUCCCAAACUGGACAAGAACCAGGGCGUGACCUGGCAAAUGGUGCGGCUCGAUAAAGACUGACUCGGGA